AUGGAGGUGGCGAUUGGCGCGGCACGUGGGCUCGUCGGCAGGAUAGUGAAUCUGUUGUCCAACGACCUUGUGCAGGCGUAUGUCGCCAGUGCUGAGCUCGGCCUCAACUCCGAGAAGAUCAAAGAUGAUCUGAUGCGCACACAAGUGGUGCUGCGGGAGGCCCAGCGUAGAGGCGUGAUCAACAACCCCAGUUUGGAGGAGCUGCUGCACAAGCUCCACACCAAGGUGGGCAAGGCGGAGGACGCGCUGGACGAGGUCCACUACUUCAUCAUCCAGGACCAGCUCGACGGCACUCAGUACGCGGUGCCGGAUCUGGGCAAUACCCUCUGGGGUCAUGCUCGCCACAUCCGUCAUGCCAUUCACCAUACCAUCGGUAACUUCAUCCUUCGAUGCUUUUGUUGUUGGCUGCUGCAAGAUGAUGAUCAUGGUGCUGCUGCUAUGAAUGAUCCUCACAAUACAGCCAACCCUGGUAGAGGUAAUGAUGGUUCAGUUACUAAGUUGUCAUUCGAUAGAGUGGCCGUGUCCAAUAAAAUCAAACAAGCGAUAGAGGAAAUGCACUCCCUGUGUGACCAAUUCUUGGAGUUGCUCAAAAUAAUCCCAGACCAUAGCACCACUACUACAACUGUCAACCUAAAACGACCUCUCACAGGAUCAAUCACUGCACAAGAAAAUUUGUAUGGGAGGAGAGACCUGUUUGAGCAGACCAUAAAAGAUCUCAUCACCAAUUGCACAAAUAGCAAUAAAACUCUUUCAGUUAUGCCUAUAAUUGGUCCAGGGGGUAUUGGAAAAACAACUUUUGCUCAACACUUGUAUAAGGAUGAAAGGGUAGAAGAGCGCUUCCCUGUCAGAGCUUGGAUAUGUGUCUCAACUCAUUUUGAUGUGCUCAAGCUCAGUCAGCAGAUCCUUAGCCAAAUAGAAGAAAAAAACAGCGCAUAUAAAAUAUCAAGUUUAAACCAGCUCCAGAAAUCCAUUCAAAAGAGGAUCAAGUCAAAAAGGAUUUUAAUUGUCUUUGAUGAUAUAUGGGAAUGCACUACUCAGGACUGGGAAACCCUGCUAGCUCCUUUGGGAAAGGGUGAAACCACAGGUAACAUGGUUCUCGUCACAACUCGGUUCCCGUCUAAAGUUGAUGAUGUGAAAACAACCAACCCCAUUAUGCUCAAAGGCUUUGAGCCGGAUGGUUUUUUAACAUUCUUCAAAGGAUUAAUAUUUGAAGGAGAAAAACCCGAGAAAAAACAUGGAUUAACUAGUCUUGCAAAGGAUAUUGCCAAGAAAUUGAAGGGUUCGCCUCUAGCAGCCCAAACAGUUGGUCGGCUAUUGAAGAAUGACCUACGUGAGGAACAUUGGAUGGCAGUUCUCAAAGAUAAUGAAUGGCAAAAACAAAAAAAUAAUGAUGAUAUUAUGCCAUCUCUAAAGAUUAGCUAUGAUUACCUUCCUUUCCAACUGAAAAAAUGUUUCUCGUGUUUUUCCCUAUUUCCAGAAGACCAUAGGUUUAGCAAUCUAGAGAUUACAUGUUUUUGGAGUGCAUUAGGGAUCAUUGAAAAAUAUGAGAAUUACAUGGAAGAACUUUUGAAAAAUGGUUUUCUCGUGAAGGAGAAUGAUCGUUGGUCAAAUCAACAGUACUAUGUGCUGCAUGAUUUAUUGCAUGAACUAGCUCAGAGUGUCUCGUCACAAGAAUGCCUAAAUAUAUAUAGCAAUGCAAGCUUUAGAGCUAAUGAUGUCCCAAAAUCCAUUCGUCAUUUGUCCAUCACCAUGAAAGACAAAUACGUUGAGACUUCUAGGAUAGAAAUGAUUAAAUUAAAGAGCAAGGUAGACAUUGCAAAUUUGCGUGCUCUAAUGAUUUUUAGAAAAUAUGAGGAACAAAUUGAUGAGGUUAUAGAAGACACAUUCAAGGAAAUGGAGGCUCUUCGUGUUCUUUUUAUUGAAGUCAAAUCCCCAGAAUCUUUACCACAUUUCUUUCCAAAACUUAUCCACCUACGAUACCUAAAAAUUAGUCCAUCAAAUUUUGGUUCAGAAGUGACUUUCCCUAGCACACUUUCAAGAUUUUAUCACUUGCAAUUAUUGGACCUAAGUGAUUGGUAUGAUCAAAGUAUUAACUUACCUAAAGACAUUAACCGCCUUAGCAAUUUAUGCCAUUUUAUUGCCGAAAGAGAAGUCCAUUCCAAUGUUCCUGAGGUAGGAAAGAUGAAGAAUUUAAAGGAGCUUAAAGAAUUCCAUGUCAAGAAAGAGAGUGAUGGAUUUGAAUUAAGUGAGUUGGGGGAUUUAACAGUGCUUGGAGGAGAACUCAGUAUAUAUAAUCUUGGAAAUGUGGCAACCAAGGAAGAGGCCAGGAAAGCCAAGCUUGUGUCAAAAGGUGAUUUGAAAGAGUUGAGGUUGGUUUGGGGAGAAUUGGAUGCAUCGGAAUCAUCUGAUGGUGCAUCGGAAUCAUCUGAUUCCCUUGAUGGUCCAACAGAAUCAUCUAGUGCCCUUGAUGGUACAGCAGAAUUAUCUGAUGUUCUUGAUGGUCUUGAGCCACAUCCUAAUCUGCAAUCACUUGGCAUUAUAAACCAUGGUGGUUCAGUCAGUCCUCAUUGGUUGUGUGAUCACAUGAGCAUAAAGAUGCUUAUUUCUCUUCACCUAGAGGGUGUGUCUUGGUCCAUUCUUCCACCUUUUGGGCAGUUAUUGCAUCUCAGAUCACUCACAUUGAUUCACAUUUCUACACUUGUUCAGAUCAGACCAGGCAUUGUUGGGGUUACGGCUAGAAGUUUUAUGCAGUUGAAGGAGAUUGUUCUUGAUUCUUUGUCAGAAUUUACUGAGUGGGUUGGGACACCUAAUGCCCAUUCAUUUUCAAUGCUUGAAAGAAUUGUUUGCAGAAAAUGUCCCAAUCUCUAUUCACUACCGUUCCUACAGGAUUGCCCUGCGGGCUCUUAUAACCAUCUGUUGAAACUUGAAAUUACUGGUUGCCCAAAGUUGCCUAUGCCAGUCAUGCCUCACACUUGCACACUAACUAAAGUUACUGUGUAUAGUAGGCGUACUGGGAAGAUGGUGUACACCAACCAUAAUUUGUAUUUGACGAGGUAUAGCAGUGCAGUCGCCUGGCACAAUAUGGCCGGCAAAGUAUAG